GACAUGUGUAUUUGAGCCCGGCGUGCAUUGCGGGAACUAGCAAACAUGAUGGGUAAAAUGAAUCAAAGGUUGCGUUAAUGGUUUCAAACUGGGGAUAUAAUAGUUACCAUUAAUAUUCUUGUUAUUAUACUAGUUGCACCGGGGAUAUCAACAUGGCAGUCCUCAGAAAUUAAACUCGGUUCCAAGCACGUUAACUAACUAAGUUAUGUCAUGGCGUUCCCUCAGCCCAGACCCCAGGCUCCUCAGCUCCCUCAGCAUCUGCUCAGGACCAUAGACUGUCAGCAGGGAGCUGUCAGGGCUGUUCGCUUCAACGCUGAUGGGAACUACCUGCUGUCCUGUGGCAGUGACAAAUCUCUAAAGCUGUGGAGUGUGAGAAGAGGGACCCCGCUGAAGACAUACAGUGGCCAUGGAUACGAGGUUCUGGAUGCUGAUGGUUCCUAUGACAACAGCCAGAUUUGCUCCUGCAGCUCAGACAAGACAGUGAUCCUGUGGGACGUCGCCACAGGCCAGGUCACACGCAAACUCAGAGGUCACGCUGGGAAAGUCAACUGUGUCCAGUUCAACGAAGAGGCAACUGUUAUCUUGUCAGGGUCCAUAGAUGGGACAGUUAGGUGCUGGGAUACCAGGUCCAGAAGAUUUGAACCCAUCCAGGUUCUAGACGAGGCUCGGGACAGCGUCAGCAGCCUGAAGGUGGCACAACACGAGCUGCUUACCGGAUCGGUGGACGGCAGAGUGAGGCGCUACGAUCUGAGGAUGGGACAGCUGCACGUGGACUUCAUCGGCAGUCCCAUCACCUGCGUGUGCUUCAGUCAAGACAGUCAGUGCACUCUGAGUUCCAGUUUGGAUUCAGCAGUCAGACUACUGGAUAAGAGCACGGGGGAAAUGCUCGGAGAGUAUACAGGACAUAAGAUGAAGGGCUACAAGCUGGACUGCUGUCUGUCCAGUAAAGACACGCAUGUCCUGAGCUGCUCCGAGGACGGACACGUCUACUGCUGGGACCUGGUGGAGGGGUCUUUGUCUUUGAAGCUGCCAGUGGGAAAAGCUGUUGUCCAGUCGCUGUCCUUCCACCCCACAGAGACCUGCCUCAUUACUGCCAUGGAGGGGCGAGUCCAGGUGUGGGGGGCAGAGCCAGAGGAGACAGAGGAGGACGUGAUGGCCACAUAGGGACAGACUUGGAUUUUUGUGUGUGCGAAACAUUCAUAUAUUUUUAUACAAAACCUUUAAUAAACUUUUUCUUGUGUAACUUA